AAAGUGAAAAGGAACGUCCCGUGCGCAGCAGGUGAAAUAAGGACGAAUAACGUUCGCACACACGUUCCUUUUGAACCCUGCGGGAUACAAAAUGUGAGUGAGAGAAAUUUAUCGGAAUUUAGUGUGGCGGAACAGAGAUAGCCGAAAGAUCAGCAGCUUGGCGAAGCAGCAGGGAGACCAUUGAACAUUAGAUGCGUCAAGUCCGUGGGUUGACAGCACUGUGGUUGACAGGGUUGCGCGGGUUGCGGAAAGAACGAAAGCGUUUCGUAGCGCAGUAAUCCGUAGCGAGAGAGCUUUCAAAAAGCGUUGAGUAAAUAAGAGGAAUCCGAUUCGGGGAUACAGAAAAGUCAGGCAGUCUCGUAACUGCAUGGAUCGAGUUUGUCUUCUAUUCCACUGGAAACAAUAACAUAGACCUUGGUGCAGACCAGUGAUAAAGAUAGAAGCUAAAAACAGAUAAAAAAAUUAGUGAUAAACAGAUUCUACUACGCCUUCGUGUUUGUGCAGCAUAAUAACAAGAUAGUUAAAUCGUGUCCAAUCGAUUGAAUCAUCGUAUCAUUGAAAUGAUUAUAUAGCAUUAGCUACCAUUUCCCCCCUCCCCCUCCUCUUCCGCAUGCAUUGAACACACCACGAGCUUAUGGUUCGAAAAAGCAAGGAAUAAUCCACAUAAAUAAAUAAAUAAAUAAAUAUUCACUCCGAAGACGUAGUAGAACUAGCGGCAGUAGCGCAGAUGAUUUUUAACAAACGUAUAAUAUACAUAUGAUUCCACAUGACGCAUAAUAAUUACCUGCAUUUAUAUUCAUGUGGUAUUCGAAAAGUGGGAAUUAUACAUUUGUAUUGACUAAAUUUUGACAAAAAAAAAGAAAAAAAAAGAAAAAGGAAAAUGAAGUGCGUAGGUAUGUAGUAUGUAUUUGGUUUGCUGCUGCUGGGAUUCGUAUGGUCGAUAAGGGAGAUCACGUUGUUCGAUUCUUUCAGAAUAUCAGAUAAAAAAAAAAAAUAAUAAAACUAUAAAGUAGUUGGAAAACAAAGGAUUCCUAUGUCGAGUGUGUAAGAAUUCGUCUCUGACUGUCGAUCUAGUGGCCGUCCCUUUCAGCUGUUAAUUUUCGACGAGAGAUUUCAACCUCAACCUUGGGAUUCAUUGAAAUACGAUAACAACAAUCUACCAGGAAAAUAAAAAAACAGUCAAUGAUGAUUAGGAUCGAAGCCAAUCAAGUUUAAAGAUUGAUAAAUAAUUAAUACAAAUUUACGAACAUUAUAGUGACAGAAGAAAAUAAAAAAUAACCUAAUAAAAGUGUGUGCUCGGUGAGCGUGAUGAUUAUUGUUAAACUAUAAAUAACCACGGCAAUUAUGACAAAGGGACUGUUUAAAAUAUGAAAAUAAAUCCUCGUUGUCAUCGUGUAUUCUCGACGUAUUCGUUUCCAUCGGUGUGAAAUCGAUGAACAAUUCUAGAUAAGAAUAAUUAUAGAGAGCUAGAAAUCAUUAACAAAGACUUUUCUCUCCCACUCUAUAAUUUCUUAUCACAACAUACCGAGGGGCUUCGGUCGUUCUACCGAGAUAUUUUAUUUAUUUUUUACUACCGUUUGAAGAGAAAAAAAAGACCUUAACUCGGUUUUUUCUUCAAUCUUCAUCUUCCUUCAACAACAAAUAUGUCGUCGCCAAGUGCUGGUAAACGACGUAUGGACACGGAUGUAAUUAAACUAAUUGAAAGUAAACACGAAGUAACGAUACUUGGAGGACUCAAUGAAUUUUCCGUGAAAUUUUAUGGACCCAGAGGAACACCGUACGAAGGGGGCGUAUGGAAAGUCAGAGUUCAUCUACCAGAACAUUAUCCGUUCAAAUCCCCAUCGAUUGGGUUCAUGAACAAAGUCUAUCAUCCCAACAUCGAUGAGGUCUCGGGCACAGUAUGUCUCGAUGUAAUCAACCAGGCCUGGACUGCGUUAUACGAUCUGUCAAAUAUUUUUGAAUCGUUUUUACCACAGCUGUUGACGUAUCCUAACCCAAUUGAUCCAUUGAACGGAGACGCAGCAGCAAUGUACCUUCACAAACCUGAAGAAUAUAAAAAGAAAGUAGCCGAUUACGUUAGGAAAUAUGCAACAGAAGAGGCGUUAAGAGAUCAAGAGAAUGGAGGUACGGGGAAUGGAGUUUCGUCCGACAGUGAAUCAUCUAUGAGUGACUUUAGCGAAGAUGAGGCACAAGACAUGGAGUUGUAACCAAUUAUCUUAUCAUCCGUAUCCAUAUCCUAUUUUUUAACCUCCUGCAAAACACCUACGUUCGUUUGUUCAAGAAAUAACGUGCUUAAUUUUGAUCUUAUAUUAUUGAUACAAAGUCGCUGUUGUAGUAAAUAUUCUCUUUGGCGUCGCUUAAUCACAGAUAUUUCCACAGAAUGGAAUUACUAGUGACUACGGAUAACGAGUGGUCUUCUUCGCCAUUAUUCAUUGAUCUCGCGUUUUAAAAUCAUCGUUCGGUCUUUGCGUACAAUAUUGAGCUGACGUGAAGCCUCACUGUAUGGUUACGUACUAACUUACCUACCACCACCAUCGUAUCCAAGAAUCUUAUAAUCAUCGCCUGUUUUUGAAAACUUUCAGUCACCCUCAUCUGUCUCUCAUAAUGAUAAUUCCUAAUCAUUCGCUAUCUACUACGCUUGUUUUCAAAUAAAGAGUAUCGGGAACUGUGAAAGAAAUCGCAUCGCAAUUCAAGUUUCGGGGUUUGACAAACCCUUGAAUCGUUAUGUUUAAACACGGGGCCUAGUUGGCCCAGGUUUUUGCGUCUGAACAAUCCAAGAAACUAGCGCAGUGCUAGGUUUACUUGAAAUCUCUAUUAAAACCCGAGUCAUUUUUAAUCCUUGGACUCUAAUCCCAAUUUCGAUUCCUGUCGAAUUUCUCUCACAGGAGCUGCUGUUACUGCGACGAUAAUAGCAAGCCAGAGUCGAAAUCAAGCUAUAAACCUCAACUAGGAGAUGCCGUCGAUUAUACCGCUGUAAAAUCAACGAGAUCUUCGAUACAAGACAACUUCAACGUACUCUUUCGUAAUCUCAGAUCCAAAAACAUGGAUUGCAGCGAAGCGUCACUGACACUUACAUGUUUUGCAGAUAAUCAAAAUAACGACGUAUGCAUGGAUUUGGAUUAAAAUACUAUCGAUGUUGUCAAUUAAUGUUUCCUCUAAUGGAUGAAUAAUUUCAUUGAAGUCUAUUCCUGAGUUUAGUUUAUUCAUUUAAUACUCAAUGAAUUCUAACACCGUAGUACCAUACUAUUUUCGUAUCAUGUAUUUUUUAAAUUUGGUAAGAUAAAAUAGAAAAAAUCAUCUGGACCUCCUUGGUGACUAGCUUUUUACAGCAUUGAACCGUGGUACAUGAUUCGAGAUGAUAGUAACUUGCUAUAAGAGUAUCGUACUUUCCACAGAAAUAUUUUACUGAAUUGUUCAUUCAAUUGAAAAAUCAUUAUAUUUGGGCUGAACAUUUUUCUUAAUUAUUCAAGGUAGUUAUCCUUUAUUUUGUUCAUUUCCACCUCACAUAACCGUUUAAGAAUGAAUGUCUUUAGCUGAUAAUUAUUAUUUAUUUUUCGUUAGGCUUACCAUGAACCUGCACACAAGUUUUAUCAAUUCAUAAGUAAACCAAAACCACAACAAGAUCAAAAUAACAAUUAUCCGGAAAAGAAGAAAAAUCAAAUAUCGGGGUAACUUACUCAUGUGUUUCUUAUCAUUCUCCGUAAUAAAAAAUUCCCUUUUCGGUUCACAAUAUUAUUCAACCUAGAUUAUUACAACGGUUAUUAUUAUUAUGCCCUGUGAAAAAUUAUCUUCGUUCAAAUACCUGCUAACGUGUAAUGAUCUUUCUAACAAAAAAAAUUAAAUGUGUUUCUCUAUCAACUACACAGAUGAUAAAGAACUAAUUGUCACUGCAUAAAACGUAAGUUAAACAUUGAAUAUUGAAUUAAUCGUUGAAUCUUUGGAUGUGUCCACAAACAUCAUGACCAUUAAAGUAACCGUUAGAAAUAACAACAACAAUAAUAAUAAUGAUAAUUGAUGAUAAUAAAUAUUUUUUAGCUGAUCCAUUUUCUGUUUAAUUUUUCAUCCAUGCAAUGCAUGUCCCCGUAGUAGAAAAUCCGAAGAAAAGAGAAUGAUUAAGAAACUGUCAGAGUUGAAUAAAAUAUUAUUAUGAUCAUCAAUAAUAUUGUCGUUAUUAUUGUUGCUGUUGUCGUUGUCGUCGUUGUUGUAGCUGUUGUGAUUAUUAGUUAUAGUGUUCUUCGUGUUGCUGGGCGGGACUUGUGAAAUUAGAAAAGAAAAGAGGAAAAUUGGAGUCCCAUACCCACAGCUGAGUAAACAGUACGCGUUUAUUUUGACAGACAAUAUAGCAAUAAAUUGGAGAGACUCCUCCAUGUCUGAUAAUUAUUAACAAUAUUGAUAAUAAUAGUAAUAAUCGCAAUGAAUAUAAGUGGUAAUUGUUAUCGCUUUUGAUGGUUUUUUAUUGAUUUUCAAAUUAUUCUCCUUGGGCGCACGGAGCUGCGAAAACUUGUAAUUAAUCAAUCAAUCGAUGUGAAUAUUUUGGUAGCGGAAUUUGAAUAAAAAUUCAUUAUUUACCAAUAGGAGGAAUGACCAUGAAAGAAGAAGAAAGUUUUGAUUUUAAUUCGAUUCGAUUUUAAUUAUCAUUUUGGUUCAACUUUAUUUUAUCUUUCAGAAUUUCUCCAAAUAUACUUCUAUCUCGGAAUAAUGUUAAUAUUAUAUCAAAGCCCGAAACCUCGAAAAUAUAAAAAGAAUAAGGCGUAUUGUUAUAUUUAUAAUAAAUAUAUAUAAGUAUAUUUUUUUAAUAUAUUUAACAACGGAUAUUAUAGGGUGUGGAAUGUAAUACAAGAAACGUGAGGGAAAGGGGAUCAAAACCUUGGAAAAUAAGAAAAUUGUAGAUCGAAUUAAAGUUCAUCGAUACAAAGGAUCAUCUUUAAGAGCUCCACGACUCAUUUAUAUUUAACAUACCUACCUUGAAUCGUUGGCUUAGGUUUCUGCGAAACUUUUAUUAUGGAUAAUAUUAGGAUAAAGAUUCUAAAUUCAAUGAAUUCAAUAUAGAUGUAUUGUUUUAUUAUAGUAAUAAUCAUGACCCGUUAUACUUAUUGUUAGAGAAUACAUAAAAAUAACGUUUCAAUUAAAACUAAUAUAAAUUAUAAUAUGUAACUACAUGCAUUGCUGCGAUAUAUUUCAUAUACGUAUAUAGGUAUGUCGUAUAACUGAAUAAAACGCAUUGAUUAAUUCGAUGAAUUCUUUGUAAAUGGGAUAUAUUAGGAGACUCCUAUAUCAACAAUAUGUGAUAUACAUACAAUAUACGUAGGUAUAAUUCAUGUAUGUUGUACACUUCAAUUGUACGUACGAGUACCAGAAAGUCAGAUACAAGUCAAAUAAAAGAAAAUACAAACAAACAAAUAAAAAAUUAAAAACAUUCGAAAAAAGAGAAA